UAAGAAAAAACCAAAAGCACUUUAAAAUAAAAAUUAUACUAUGCCUAAAUUCAGAUUUUACUGGUGGGAGUGGGUGGGUACUUCGAAAUAUAUAUUUUCGAGUCGCCGCUGUUAGUGAUUUCCGGCUAUAGUAAUCAAAGUUCUCUUGAACGAAUAUGAUCACAAUAAGCGGCAACCACUGUACUACCAAAAUCUUGAUUUAAUAAAAAUUAUUGGGUAUAGUAUACUACAUGUCGAGAUUGGAAGACGAUUUAAGAACAGAUUUUAAUGCUCACAGCUACUUUCUCGAAGGCGGCGAAAAUGGAAAUGAACUAAAAUUGUUAAAAGAAUAUUUUUAUUGUUUUCAAAUAGCUAAUAGUGUAAAUCCGGACACCAUAGUUUUCAGCGAUUUUUUAGAUGUCUGUAAUGUAUCUUAUCCUAUGAGGGCUAUGGGAUAUUUCCCUUCUGAUAUGGAAAUAUCUAACAUGAUAUACGAAAUGCACGAGAGAGAUAUAGUUAAAAUAGGCCAUCCUACAACUUUACUAACAUUUGAAGAAUUUGUUAUUUUGUAUUUGAAUUACAAACCACGGCUGGAAUUGAAAAUUGGUGACAUCCGAAAGGCGUAUGAUAGAAUGGUUCUCUACGAUCAUUUUGUAAAUCCCGAUGGAGAAAAAGGUGUACUGACGAGAGAAACAUUUGUACACAUAAUGAAAAACAUGGGUGAAAAAAUGAGUUUUCAUGAGUUGGAAAUUGUUGUUCGUACACUGUUAAAAACAAAAGAUUUAUCGUCUGCAGGAUCUGGUGAAAAUAUUAACUUAAUUCAUGCCGCUUUACCACCCACACUCACGUUCAAUUAUAUCAUAACAGAUUUAUUUGGAUUUCUGAAUCCGAACAAACGAAAAUAGCAAAAAUAUUAUCUACAUACUAUUAUUAUACGAUUAUAAUACAAUAUUG